UCUCAUCGCCCACAAAACAACAACGCAAGGCCCCGAUCCCCUUUUCAGAAGCAUGGCUUCAUUGCUGUUCAGAUCCGCCGCAGGCAGCGCUCUCCGGCGAUCGAUCCCGCAAGGGUCCUUCCCCGUGCUCCGGCCAUCGAUCCCGCAGGGGUCCUUCUCUCGGAGCCCAGGGCGGUCCCUCUGCGAUGGCGCUGGGAGGAUCGAACCUAAUGCGCAUUCUAGCGCAAAACCCAACAUGGGACACUCCAACAGAUUCGAGGAUGAAACAGAAUUCUGCACUCAUGGUCAAACGGAAUUUAAAGAGUUGGCUUCCAACAUACGCGCCAUGCGGGACAAAGUGCGACUCUUGGAAAAAACAUAUGAAGAAUCGGAAAGAUCGGACAAGCGUAGAAAAGUGCUGGUACUGUGUUCCACAACUGCUCUCCUCGUUACCUUUUUUGUAUUUGGUUGAGAGAACAUGUCUUUUUGAAGUUUCGAUGAAAGACCGAUAUUCUAAGUUUCCAUGGGAAUUAUCUGUUGUGAAAAAAAGUUGUAGGAAGCUCAUGUAAGAUGGAACAAUGAUACAAGACGUGCGAAUUAGUUGGACCCAGCAGCCAACGGUAGCAGCCCGGAAAUGUCAGCAAAAGCGUUUUAGUUGGCUCUAACCGUGUCUUAAUAUACUUUGACUCGAAA